GCCUCGUUGUGGUUUUCUGGCUUCACCGACCGAAUUUCUAGAUCGCUGUGUUGUACCUCGCAGCCAGCACAACGAAACAGAACACCGUAUUUGGUUUUGUUGCGGUAUUGAUCUCCGGAAGCAAGCCAUCGCAUCGGGCCGUGCAUUCGAGACACAACCCCAAACGCAACCGCGACCACAAGCGCAACGCCUCCUCUGCCGCGGCAAACAUCCAAAUCGGACGCACCGGAAGCAUGAUGGCCUCUUGGACAGCGACCGGGGCCGCGAGGCAUACCCGGAAGCUCGCGCCACGGCUCCUUCUGUGCAGAACGGGUGCCCCGUUUCGUUGCAAAAGUGCUCCGGGGAGCUUCGGCGAACGCGGUUUCGGAACCACACAGAGGCAUUCCCCUCUGGCGUUGGCGAGCGGAUUCCUGCCCCGGCAGCAGCAUCGGCAGCAGCAACAACCACUGCAACUACGCGUCGCCGAAGCGAGGCGCCGUGCCUUUUCGGACCGCGGCCGGAAGACGGGGGAAGAGCACCACGCGCUCUUCCGGGAGCAACUGGCGGACCUCCACCGGGAACAGCAGGGCUUUGGGUUGCCCGCGACCGACACCGCGGACCAGCGAGCGGGCGGCCCCGUGUCGCCGCCUCCGCUUUCGAGCGGCGACCUGGAAGGCCAGCUGGAGGACUGGAACACCGAGCAGGUCGAGGUCUUUGGAGAGCCCCUCUCCGAUCGCACCGACGGAAAGGGGGGCGAAGAAGCCGCUCUGGUUCCGGGCGAUUGCGACCGGGAGGCCCGCUACGGCUUUACGGCCGAGGAGCGGGCCUCCUGGGGGCGGCCGGCCCCCGAUCCGGCCGAGAUGCGGGCGGUCCUGGAGGGGGUGGCCCACGCGCGGAGGGCCGAGGUCAACCCCUCGCUGCAGCCCCAGGCGGCAGCGAGCGAAGGCGGCGCGGGCCGCAGCAGCGGCAUCCCUCCCCCCGGAUGCCACGACGAUCGCCACGAGGAUCACCACGGGUCCUUUACGCACCUGAGCGGGGACGGGACGAGCAUCCACAUGGUCGACGUCGGUGCCAAGGCCGUCACGACCCGGACCGCCCGGGCCCGGAGCGAGGUCUGGCUCCCCCCGUCCGUGGUGGAGGCCCUCGGCGUCGGGAACGCGAGCGACAGCGAGCUGGUGGGCCCCAAGGGUCCCAUUUUUGCCACGGCCCGGAUCGCGGGGAUCAUGGCCGCCAAGAAGACGAGCGACCUCGUCCCCCUCUGCCACCCCCUCCCGCUCGACCAGGUCGAGCUGGACAUUGGCCUGUCGGGGGGGCAUGCAGGGGCUUCCGGCCUCCCCCCCGGCGGAAGGGUGGUCCGGAUCGAUUGCACCUGCCGGGUGACCCACAAGACGGGGGUCGAGAUGGAGGCCCUGGUGGGGGCGACGACCGCGGCGCUGACCAUCUACGACAUGACCAAGGCCGUGAGCCACUCGAUCCGGAUCCUCGACACGCGGUUGGUCGGGAAGACGGGGGGGAAGCGGACCGUUCUGGACGGACGCGAAGAAGGAAACGAAGGCGAUUGAAACCAGCACCGAAUUCAAUCGAAUCGAAUCGAAUCGAAUUCAAUCGAAUGGAAUCCGAUCUAUUCUAGGACCGCACCGUACCGUAGCAAUAAGCAAUCCUAGUGUCGCAGAGCAUGGUGCAAAAGGCCCCAAGAAACACUGUUGGCUCGGCUCGGGCGAGUCUGGAUUCCACAACCUUCUUGUUAGGAAGUGUGCUACUGUAUGCGAGACAGGGACAAGAACCACACCACAAUGACGGGUAGCUAGUAAAAGAACCUCGCUCUU